CAAAAAAUCAAACACUCUUCUAUCUGAUUACUCUCUCUCUCUCUCCUCGAUUUCUCUGAAUCCCUAAUUCCCCCAAAUCCUCCACCAUGGAAUCCGACGAUAGCAAGAAGAUGUACAACCUGUUCGUGAAGCACUUGGAUGGCAAAACCCUAACCCUAUUAUUCCCAUCUCCGAUCCUCUACGCCACUUCCAUCAAGGAUCGCCUCUUCCAACUCACCGGAAUUCCCUCCCAGCUCCAGCGUCUCGUCACCGGUUGCCGCCAUCUAAACGACGAGAAAUCGUUGCUAUGUUGCUCGCCGGAAGAGGGGAACAUGUUCCCGUCGGUGCGGCUGCUGCUGAGUCUGAAAGGCGGCAAGGGAGGGUUUGGCUCCCUUCUGCGUGGGGCGGCGACGAAGGCUGGGCAGAAGAAGACCAACAAUUUCGACGCCUGCAGGGAUAUGAGUGGGAGAAGGCUGAGGCACGUGAACGCUGAGAAGAGGUUGGAGGAUUGGAAGGCUGGGGAAGAGGAGAGGAAGCUGGAGAAGGUUGCUGAGGAGUUUCUGAAGAAGCAGAUGAAGAAUAAGGGGAAGAAGGGUGAUGUCGAUAGCGAGGCCCACAAGUAUGUUGCUAAGUAUAGGGAAGAGUCUGAACGCUGCACUGCAGAGGUUGCUUUGUCUGUUCAGGAAGCUUUGUCUUCUCUCAAGCGCAAGUCCUCACCAUCCAAUGCUUCCCCUCCCCGUGAUGGCAAGAAGUUGAAGAUAUGGAUGGGGAAGAGGAAAGUGAAUGAAAGCGAUAGUGAUGAUUCUGAUGUGGAGGAGACUGAGAAAUCUGUUUUGUUAAAUAGCCAGAAUGAGUUGGGCUCAAAUGAGGCUGAAGAUAGUCCAGGGUCUGUAACUGGUGGGAAGCAGGAUGAAGACUCUUCUGGUGCCGGCUCAUUUGAAAUUGGAUGUGAAGAAGAGAAGGAAACUGUUGUGGAAGAGGGCAAAGUGGAAUCUGUUGGAACACAGAAUGGUGGAACUAUUCAGGCCGAGCUGAGUGUUGCUGCUGAACCUGUGGUGAAUGAAGAGAUGAUAGAGGCUAAUGCUAUGCCCUGUCCAGAGUCAGUGCUGUCUGAAAUCAAUGCUGAAGAUAAUGGUUAUCAGGAUUGCAAUGGAUCUGUUGCUGACAAGUCUGGUGGCACAGCUAUUCAAGCCUCUGAAACUGUGACUUGUGCAGGCAAAUCUAAUGAUAUGGAGAUUGAUGGAUCUCUUGAGCAUAAAGCAGCAGUCAAUGAAGAAAGCUCACCAAGCACUAGUAUUCCAGCUUUGGAGGAGCCUCUGAAUUUUGAUGUUUUUAAUUCAGCUACUGAACUUGAGGUUCUUGGCUUGGAAAAGUUGAAGUCUGAACUACAGUCACGUGGGUUAAAAUGUGGAGGUACUUUGCAGGAGCGCGCUGCCAGGCUUUUUCUUUUAAAAUCAACUCCCCUAGACAAACUUCCAAAGAAGCUGCUCGCAAAGAAAUGAAAAAAACAGACUCAUCUAUCAUUUGCGAAGCAGUUCCUUCUCUGUACAGAGCAUCUUAUAACUGUUCCUGCGUUUUUGUUUUGGCAGUCAAUUGUAUUUUGGCUUGGGGAACAGAUAAUGCCUAAUGUGUGUUUUUUCUGUUCGUUUUAUUGUUGUUUGUGGGCUGUAUUUAAUAUAGCAAUAACAUUACCAGCAGCCAAAGGAAAGCUGAACAAUGUAUAACCCAAGACUCGUGCAUUAUGAACAAGUUCAAUUUUGCGUUUACAUAAUAAAUAAAUCACUAUUACCAA